AUGAAUUCUUCCAAAGAAAGCAAGCAGCAAGUCACGAUUCACACAAUUAAAGCGCAAGCAGCAACUCCAUCUCAAAUUAAAGCCCGUGCAUCCCCUUUAGCACACCAACGGCAUCGGUUCACACACAACAGCAGCUGCCGCCGGACCGCCGUUUCUGUCGCGUCGCGUCACCGCAUUCCGCCGCUUCAUAGCAUCGUCACUGUAAGGCGGUGGUUGAAGGCAACGUUAUCGGCGAGGGUUCUCUGGAAGGUGGGGCUUUCUAAACACCGACGAGAGUUUUCUCGAUGGCCGCCGGCAAAUAGAAUGGAAUUGGCUAAGAAUCGUCCUCAACGAACUUUUCCGUGGCGGUUAUUAUUUUUCGGCGAGACCCACUGUAGCUGGGUGGACCUCCGGCGGCGAUAG